AUGAACAGCAGCAGCAGCAGCAAUGACAGCAGCAGCAGCAGCAGCAGCAGCAGAAGCAGCAACAUUCAAAAUGCUUCCAGGGGGCUGGAUCGCCGAGGCAUAGUUCCUACUACCUGUUGGGUAGGGGGAUACAGCGGCGGUGCAGCAGCAGGGUCAUUUCCUGCUGCUGCUGCUGCUGCUGCAGCUCCUGCUGCUGCUGCUGCUCCUGCUGCUGCUGUUUCUGGUGUCCCUGUGGGGUACUGGUCUUACCCUUCUAACUUCACUGGAGUCCCUAGUUGGGGUUCUGCUGCUGCUGCUGCUGCUGCUGCUGCUGCAGGCGCAGCACCAUCACCAUCACCAGGAGCAGCAGCAGCAGGAGCAGCAGCAGCACCAGCAGCAGCAGGAGCAGCAGGAGGAGGGGGUUUAGAUGCUGUACGUGUUGCAUAUGAGAGUGAAGUAGCUCUCGUUCACUUUGUUGUUUAUCUUGUUUGCUGCAUCGGGUGUCUGUCUCUUUAUCUAAAUUACUUUGUCCUUGAAGCUCAUAUCUUUGCUCUCUUCUGGGCCUUAAUAUUUUCUAUCCCUCUUAGAGCUGUUGUUGCUGCUAUAGCGGGGCCCCCAGUACAGCGCUCUCCUGCUGCUGCUGCUGCUGCUGCUGCUGCUGCUGCUUCCGGGGCACCUACUCCACGGAUAUCCGAUGCAGCAGCAACUGCUGCUGCAGCAACUGCUGCUGCUACUGCUGCCCUCCCUCGUAUGGUGAAUCAAACACACAAGGAACAGCAGCAGCAGCAGCAGCAGCAACAGCAGCAGCAGCAGCAGCAAACUCCACAGCAGGAGUGCAACAAUGAGGGGGAGGCUGCCUUUCCUACUGCUGCAGCAGGAAAUCACCAGAAGGAGACGGAGGGGACAGCAGCAGCAGCAGCAGCACCAGCAGCACCAUCAGCAACAAAAGCAGCAAAGAAAAGAGCCAUUCGCCUCAAGUGGUCGCGGGAUGCUGCAGCAAAGCAGCAGCAGCAGCAAAAGAUGUUGCUGCUAAAGCAGCAGCAAGGGCUGAGCCCGCGUACAAAUGACAGCAGCAGCAGCAACAGCAGCAGCAGCAGCAGCAGCAGCAGCCCUGCAGGAGACACAAACUCUGCUGCAAACACCACAGAAGGACAGCAAUCAGCAGCGCCAGCAGCAGCAACAGCUCCUGCUGCUGCAGCAGCAGCAGAUUCGUCAGCACUGCACCGUUGGGCAUCAGCGGGGGAGACAGCGAUUGCUGCAGUGUCUGUACACCGCAACAAGAAGAGGAGACAGCAGCACGAAGAGAGUCUUCUAUCAGUCUCUUCUAAAGAUAAAUACCCUGCAUCCAGCAGCAGCAGCAGCAGCAGCAGCAGCAGCAGAAGGAGGGGAUCUUGGGUGUUAGACUGUCUGCAGCAGCAGGUAGAGUACUGGGGAGAAGUGUCUCCUUUUGGGGUGUCUCUGUCUCUUCCUUGUUUACGAGCUGCGGUGUAUGUGCGGCCUUUAGUUUCUGUCUUUGUUAUUCAAGACGGCCUUGCUGCUGCUGCUGCUGCUGCAGCUGCUGCUGCUGCUGACUCGGCUGCCCCCAGUCUUGCUGCUCCAGCAGACACACAAACCCCAACCACACUCGCGGGAUUCGUUGCUGCUGCAGCAUCCGCAGUACGCAGCAGCAGCAGCAACAGCAGCAGCAACAGCAGCAGCAACAGUUUAACAGCAGUAGGGCCCGGGGCUAAUACUGCUGCGCUGCUGCUGGGGGGCAGCAUCGGAUGGUAUUCAGACUUGUGGAGAGUUAUACAAGAGUUAGCUUCAGCUUCCUCUGCAGCAAAUGCUGCAGCAGUAGACGCAGCAGCAGUAGAAGCAGCAGCAGCAGCAGCAGCAGCAGCAGAUUCGCGCACCUCCCGCCUCUCCCAUUCGUGGCUACCGCCGCAUGCAGACACCCGAGAACUUCAAUUAGGAGACAGUAAUAAUGAUAAAAUGCUUGAAGGAGACACAACACAAGAGAUACGCAAGCAGCAGCAGCAGCAGCAGCAGCAGCAGCAACUGGAGAGUACCGGUCUCUCGCGGCCUCCAGGGGAGGUUGUAAACGAUCUCGAUGUCUGUCUCCUCUUGCAUCCACCUCGGCAGCAGCAGCAGCAGCAGCACGCAGCAGCAGCAGCAGCAACAACAACAGAAGAAGCAGCAUUGGGGGCCUCUAUAAGGGCCCCUCUUCUGGGGGCCCCCGAAAGCUGUGCUGUUGAGAAGAGGUGGAUAGACACCUCAGCUGCAUCAGCGAGCAGUCUCCUUUCAAAACCCUUUCUAUCUCUUCUUCAUGAUACUGCUUCAGAAUCUUGUGCUGACCCUUGGAGGCCCCUAUGGUUUGUACGGGGCCCCUAUGGGGGCCCCUCUGAAGGCCCUUAUGGGGGCCCCUCUGGGGGCCCCUCUGAAGGCCUUUCUGGGGGCCCCUCUGGGGGCCCCUAUGGGGGCCCCUAUGGAGAUGGUGGACGGUUUGGGGUUUCGCCUUCUCCACCUGCCGCAAGGACAUGGAAGCCCUCUUUAGACUUAUUAGAGGAAGUUUUAUGUGUGGUCGAUCCUUCCGGCAUUUUGUCUGCCUCUGUGAAUGAGAAGAUCCGCGCUAUUUUAUUUUCUUCUGUCAAGAAAGUCUGGUUCUAUAGCUUGUUCACUUGGUUUGUGUUUGAAAGCACGGGGAUGCCUGUGGUGUAUGUGCCUACUGCUGUCUCUUCUUUGCUGGCUCUGCUCCCUCUGCUGCCCCCCGAAGCUAUCUCUAUAAUACCGUCUGUUGUUUUGCUGCUGCAAGGAGGCAGUAGAGAAGGGUUUGCUGCUGCUUCUGCUGCUGCAGCAGCAGAAGAGCCUUGGGGGGCGUGGCUUGCUGCACCCCACAGGCUAGCCGCUCUAGGCUGGUAUGGUCCUAUUUUGGCUACGACGCCUCUUAUUGUGAUAUCUGCUGCUUCUAAAUUCAAUGAGAGACAUCUGCGCUCUCAGGAGACUUCGGGGACAAUCGAUAUGCAGCAGCAGCAGCAGUUGCAGCUGCAGCUUCAGCAGCAGCAGCAGCAGCAGCUGCUGCAGCAACAGCACCUCCACCAACUGCAGCUGCAACAACAACAGCAAUUCUUGCUGCAGCAGCAGCUGCAGCAACGAGAGGGUCCAAAUGGACUUCGCAGCUUUCCCUUGCAGCAGCAGCAGCAGCAGCAACAGCAGCAGCAGCAACAGCAGCAGCAACAGCAGCCUCCUUUUGAAGGGGCUGUUGAUUUCUAUCGGGUCGCUGAGGGGCCCUCUGCAUGCAAUUUAAAACCCCCUUCUUAUCCUUUCUUCGGCCCCAGUGGGGGCCCCCAAGAGAAGGGGACCUUCGCUUUGGGGGAGUGGCGUUCAGGCCUUAAGUCUUCUGAGGGCCCCCCCCUAGGGGGCCCCCCUCUAGUAGGGGGCCCCCCGCUAGGGGGCCCCCCUCUAGUAGGGGGCUCCCCACUAGGGGGCCCCCCUCUAGUAGGGGGCCCCCCCCUAGGGGGACCCCUUAGAGGGCAAGGAGAAGGGCCCCCUGUUCAUGGAGAUGAGCAGUCUCCUGUCUCCUCUUCAGUGUGCAGCUCGCAGCAGCAAGGGACUGCUUCGGGGUCCCUCUUCUCCCCACCUUUGGGGGCCCCAGGGGCCCUUGGAGGGGGGGCCCCCCUAACACCUGGGGGCCCCUCUCUUCUCUUUGGGCAGCAGCAGGGGGCCCCCUGUUCCCUCCCACCUUCUCAGCAGCCAGCGCUCGCUGUACACCUCAUUAAAGGAGCAGCAGAUGCAAUUCGCUGGAUACUGCAGCGUAGACGCACAGGGGGUGUUGGGGGGGGGCCCCCAUUGGGGGCCCCCUCAGGGGGGCCCCCAUCGGGGGGUGGGGCCCCCUUUCAGUACAGCUGGGGCAUGGGGGCCCCCUUGAUAGGGGGCCCCUACCAGCAGCAGCAGCAGCAACAACAACAACAGCAGCAGCAGCAGCAGCAAAUGCAAGGAGAGGCCCCAGAAGGACUAAGGAAGGCCUUCUCAACAGGAGACAGCUGGAGACAGGUAGAGAGGCAGGCGUACCCCCAUUCUGCGGGGGCUGUCCCCACUGCAGCAGCAACAGCAGCAGCUGCUGCUGCUGCAGCUGCUGCUGAUGAUGCAGCAGCAGCAGGAGAUCCUGAAUCCUGUGGGGGCCCCCAAGGGGCCCCCACCUCUCAAAGGAGGAGACGGGUAGGGAGGGGCCCCUUGGGUGGCCGCUCACAAUCGGGGCCCUGA